AUGACCCAGAGAGUUUGUUGUGUCAAAGACUGCAACAGCAGUGGAUAUCAUUGGAAAAAAUGGCGAGAACAGUUUUGCGAAAUGCACUUUUGCAAUUUUGGCACAUCAAGGUGCAUAUGUACACCACCCUUUCAGUUAUUUCCCUUUCCAACUGAACUUCGCGAUCCCCAUGCACGGUCUGUAUGGAGAAAGAACAUAAACAGGACCUCAACAGAUGGGAAGAACAUCUGGUCACCAAAUGACAAUUCGCGAGUUUGUUCUAAGCAUUUUGUUGAUGGUGCACCCUCACUGCUUCAUCCUUAUCCCACCAUAAAUCUGGGGCAUAUGUCAUCUAUUGUCUCCAAGGGUCGCUUACCUCCAACUAAAAGAGAAUUAAGUAAAGAAACACCAAAAAAAAGGAAAAUAUCUGAAAGCCAAGAUGACCCUGUUUAUGUGUGCAAACUUGAUCAUGACUAUGCAAAUCCUUGUAUCACAUGUAUUGAAAAAUCAAAAGAGAUUUCAGCACUCAAAUCAAAAAUCAAUGAACUCCAAAUUGAGUUAAUAAAGCAAAAGAAGCUAAAGCAAAAACCACUUUCCAUUACAGACACAGUCUUAAAAAGUAACAAAUCUGUAAGAUUCCAUACUGGUUUGCCUUCGUUAAGUGCUUUUCACACCAUCUACAAGGUUAUUGAGCCAAAGAUAAAGAAAACCAAGUACUGGAGAGGUCCUAAGCAUGUGUUCCACACCCUUAAACACAAGGUUUUAAAGAAGUCAGGGCCACGAAGAUUUCUGUCAUUAAAAGAGGAGAUGGCAUUGACUCUUAUGAAAUUAAGAUUAGGUCUUUUGAAUGAAGACUUAGCUACAAGAUUCAAUAUCAGUGCUCCACAUAUCUCAAAAAUCUUCACUACAUGGAUCAAGAUUCUAUCCAAAUUUCUUGGAACCUUGGUGUUCAAUCCAUCCAAAGAAGUAGUGCGUGAAAAUCUACCACCAUCCUUCAGAAGCAAAAAAUAUUCAUCUGUGCGCCAUAUCAUUGACUGUACUGAGGUAUUUUAA